GCAGAACAGUGCCAGACAAGGUGUCUCAGCUGUCCAUGGUGGGCGUCAUUGAUGGCAGCGCUAUGAAGAUUACAUGGUCGCCCCCUAGAGGGGACCGGGAGAACUAUCGUGUCCUGCUACUGAAUGGCACAGUGGCUCUACUCAAUGAGACAGUGAGCAGGCUGGGUAGACAGUACUCCUUCUCUGGGGCUUCCUUGGGGCUGGUGCCUGGCAGGCUCUACACAGCUCAGGUCAUGGUGGAGAGCGGUCUGUUUGGCAACACCGCUCAAUGUCAGGGGAGGCUAGCCCCUCGGCCUGUCCAGCAGCUGGUGGUCCGACACAGUGAUGAGACGUCUCUGAGCGUGCUUUGGUCUCGUCCAGAGGGGGUGUGGGACGGGUACACCGUGGUCUUGAGACAGGCGGACACUGUUGUGUCACAGAGGACACUGUCCCGUGACGUCAGGGAGUGCACAUUCAACGUCCUCAUGCCCGGACGCCAGUACGCCAUCGCCGUCACGACCAACAGUGGGGGCCUAAACAGCUCGGCUUCAGUGAUUGGACGAACUACCCCGGCGCAGGUGACCAGUCUGCGUGUGACCAAUGGUGGUAGCACAGACAGCCUCCAAACCCAGUGGGAGCGGGCGGCUGGCGAGCUGGACUCGUACCGUGUGCUGCUCAUCCACGACAGCAGUGUGAUCAAGAACGAGAGCACCUCGGCCCACACCACAGCCUACAGCUUCCUGGCGCUGAAGCCUGGAGCCCUCUACAGGGUGGUGGUCAUCACUGUCAGGGCCGGACAGGCCUCCAGGCAGAGUGUGGCAGAGGGACACACAGACCCUGCUGCCGUAGGUGUGGUGACAGUCAGUAACAACGGUCGUAUGGACUUCCUCAGUGUGUCGUGGCGACCAGCCCAAGGCGACGUGGAUAGUUACCUGGUCACCCUGAGGGACCGUGAGAGGACCGUCCACACCCUGGUUGUGUCCAAGUCCAGCCCUGAGUGUGUGUUCAAGUCCCUUGUGUCUGGACGGCUCUAUAACAUCUCUAUCAUCUCCCGCAGUGGAGUCUAUGAGAAUCACACCAUCGUGCAGGAACGCACACAGCCCUCUAGUGUCCAAAACCCCACAGCGAUCCACUCGGCCAGGGAUGACUACCUGAAGGUGUACUGGCGCCAUGCAGCCGGGGACUUUGAUUACUACCAGGUGGUCAUCAAACACAACAACAUCUUCCACCAGAACAAGACGGUUAUGAAGAGCCAGAACAAGUGUGUGUUCAAAGGCCUGGUCCCCGGGAGACUGUACACCGUCAUCGUCAGCACCUGGAGCGGGAAGUAUGAGACCAGCAUGUCCACAGACGGAAGGACCUUCCCUGCGGCGGUGAGAUCACUAGCCCUGGCUGGGCGGGGCACGGAGGACCUUCGUGUCACCUGGUUGGCUGCUCCGGGGGACGUGGAUCACUACGAGGUGCAGCUCCUCUUCAACGACAUGAAGGUGUUCCCGCCCAUCACCCUGGGCAGCAACGUGGGGAAGUGUGUCCUUUCCUCCCUCACCCCAGGACGCCUCUAUAAGAUCCACGUUUCCACCUUCAGCGGACCCAACCAGAGGGCCCAGUUCAUAGAGGGCAGGACAGUUCCGAGCAAGGUCAAGAACAUCCACGUAAGCAACAAUGGGCAGAGCAACAGCCUGAAGAUCAGCUGGACCCCGGGGCAGGGUGACGUGGACAGCUACUCUGUGUCCCUGUCACUGGACGGGCCAGAGGGACGCAUGCUGGAGACGCGACCCGUACCCAAACACCUGAAUCAGCUGGGGUUCAGCUCCCUGCAGCCUGGACAGCUGUACAGUGUGACUGUAAGGUCUAUCAGUGGUAUACUGUUGAACAACAACACGGCCAGCGGACGCACCGUCCCCUCUGCAGUGACGGGCCUGCAGGCUGACAACAGACACACCACCUGCAGUAUUCAGGUCAGCUGGCAGGAGGCCCGGGGCGUGGCGGACGGCUACAGCCUGCAGCUGCUGGACGACAGGGGACACCUGGUCACCAACAGCUCCCAGGCCUCCUCCGGGUCCACACCGCUCCAGCACCAUUUCGACGGCCUCACCCCGGGGAAGAGGUACCAUAUCCUGGUCCACACCACCAGCGGAGGGGUCCACAGCGAGGAGGUCACCACUGAAGCACGCACGCGUCCGGCGGCGGUUAGCAACCUCUCCAUCCAGGCCAACAGCAGCAGCAGCCUGUCCUUCCACUGGUCUCCCCCAGAGGGAGAGUUGGAAGGUUACGACCUCUACCUGUACAACGGAGACGACACCCUGUACGACCGGCGCAGCGGCCUGCCCAACACGCUGCAGGUCUCCUUCCAGGGCCUGAGGCCUGGUGUCUCCUACAGGAUGGUGGUGUUAACACGCAGCGGAGAGCAGACCAACGACAUAGCUAUCUGGGCCAGGACUGUCCCGGCUGCAGUGACGUCUCUUCACCAGUCGGAGGUGCUGUGGGUGUCGUGGGAGCGUGCAGCGGGGGAGCUGAGCGGCUACUUGCUGUCUGUCUACAACCCAGAUGGCUCCCAGCAGGCAGAGGAGUCUCUAGGGCCCGACGCCACGGAGCAUGCCGUCCCCACUCUGAUCCCCGGGCGCCUAUACCAUGCUGUCAUCCUCACCCGCAGUGGCGAGCUCACAAACAGGGCCACCACUCAGGGCAGGACCGCCCCCAGACCCCCUACCUCUGUGUCAUUCGGCGGGGUCACCAACACUUCACUGGAACUGAACUGGAGUGGUCCUGCAGGCAGCGACUACGACGACUUUGACCUGCAGUGGGCCCCCCGGGACCACCUGUCUGUGUUCAACCCCUACCACACCCGGACCUCCGGCAGCCGCAUCCUUAAGGGCCUGUACCCCGGACGCCUGUACAACUUCAGCCUGCGUACUGUCAGUGGGGCUGUUCGUGGUGUUGGUGAGGAUGGGAGCCCUGCCUACAGCCUGCCCAUCCACAAGAGCAUCCGAACCAAGCCAGAGCGUGUUCAGUACCUACACUGCCGCCCCCAGAACUCCACCUCUAUCUCCUGCUCCUGGGCGCCCCCGGAGGCUGACUAUGACUCCUACACCAUUGAGUGCCUCCACCGGGACUCCCGCACCCUGGUGUACUCCCGGCGUACGGGCCGCGACAGCACCCUCUACCACAUCACCCAGCUGGAGCCACACAAACGCUACACCGUCUCCAUCAAGGCCAUCUCCGACAGCAUGACUAGCGAGGCCGCUGAGGAUAGCGUGGUCACCAUGAUCGACCUCCCUCCCCUCCCUUCCCUCAGCACCCGUGUUAACAACAGGGCUGCUCUCAUCACCAAAAACACCAUCUUCUUCAAGUUUAACUGCAGCUGGUUCAGUGACGUCAACGGAGCAGUCAAGUUCUUCACAGUGGUGGUGACCGAGUCUGUAG